AUGGAAGAAUAAGAUAGCAGAUCAUAUCUUGCUAGUAAAGUGCACCCGCUUUUCGAGAAAAUAUUAAUUGAAUUGCUAAUCGCAAAACCUGAAGAUCCUGUAAUAUGGCUAGAAUGAUAAUAAGGUUGAAUUUAUGACUUAAUGGCUGGCAACAACAGGAUAGCAAUACAGACCUUAGGAAAAACAAAAUGUACCAUUCUCAGUAACCCUGCCUGUUCAAUCUCAUAAUUAAAUGCAAACUGGAACUCCAAGAAGAAGCUAAGUUUAAUCUCUACAAAAUCCUCUAUUGAACAGAUAGUAAUCAAAUUAGCCAGGAUCAAAUCAUCACAUUCCUCAUCUAUAAUCUAAUUAAUAAUUGUCCCAUUAACAUUCUAGUUAGCCUAUUAAUAGCCAACAUGAGAUUAAUAGUUAAUAAUUGUUACAUUAAAAUAAUUCAAAAUAAGGAUUAGAAUAAAGUGAUUUAUAACAAAAAAGCUUUGAGGGUAGUUAGCAUGAAGCAGAACAUCAUUUUGAUCAAGAACCUAAAUUUGGUUCUGGUGAUCAGUUAAGUCCUUCUCCAAUUGUUGCUGAUCCAAAGAAAUAAGCACAUCCAUUUUAAAAAUAAUAAUCUGUUUUAACACAAAAGUUUUAACCAUAAAGCAAUAAUAAUAAAUCAUUUAAGAAAUCAGCUACCUAAGCAAAUCCAAUGUAUUUGCAGCCGGUUACAAUGAAACAAGUAUAACCAUAACCAUAAAUUAUGUUCAAUAAUACUCCAAGAGAAUAAUCAUUAUAAUAAAUGAAAUCAUCAUAAGUUAACUCUGUCUAAUAAAGUUAAUAAGGAUUGAUGCAUUCAAGAGAUGAGUAUGAAAUUUAAGAAAAUUAAUAAUUAAAAAGGAGUUCUUUAACAGAGAGCAAAGAAUAAUUAAUCAAGUAAUAAUCAUUAUAAUAAUAAUAACAAUAAUAGUAAUAGUAAUAAUAAUAAUAAUAAUAAUAAUAAUAAUAAUAAUAAUAAUAAUAAUAAUAAUAAUAAUAAUAAUAAUAACAAUCUUAAUCCUAAAUACAUUAAGCAUAAUAGUAAGAAUAAAUUCAUCAAUCCUAAAUUAAUUCUUAAAAAAAUCAUAAAGUUAUUCCAAAAAAUAAAGAUUAAAAAUCCAGAGUUUAAAAAAAAAUAACUACUUGCUAUUUGUUUAAACAUUUAAAUGAUCAAUAAAAAGAAAUUGUUGCUAAUGCUAUGGAAGAGAAGAAAUAUAAGUAUAUAAAUUUAUAAACUUCUUUAGAGCAAAUGAGACUAUUAUAAAGCAAGGAGAUGAUGGGGAUUAGUUAUUUUUAGUUGAUUAGGGUCUUUUAGACUGUUAAAAGAGAGGUAAACAAAUUGAAGACAAAAUUAUUAAAUCCUAUCAACCUGGAGAUUUUUUUGGUGAAAUGGCCUUACUAUAUAAUGAGAAAAGAGCUGCAACAAUAGUAGCCUAUACAGAUUGUGUAUUGUGGGUGCUAGACAAGGAAACGUUUGAUACUUUUAUCAAAUAACCUGUUUUAGAAAAACGUUAGAAGUAAUUAUUGAUUUAUUAAUGGUAAUUAGAUAUGAUGGCAUUUUACAAAAAUUUCCAAUUUUAUAAUAAAUUGAUCCAUACCUUAGACAAUAAAUUGCAGAUGCUUUACAUGUGGUUAGUUUCAAAGCAGAUGAAGUAGUGUUUAAGUAAAAAGAAAAAGGAGAUUAUUUUUAUUUAAUACAAGAGGGUUAAUUGAAAGCAUUAAAAAAAGGAGAAGAAGAUGAGGAUGAAGAAUAAUGUGUAUUUGAAUUUGGAGAAUUUGAUUAUUUUGGGGAAUUGGCUAUGUUAAAAGAGAUAAACAGAUAGGCUACUAUAGUUUGUGAGACUGAUUGCAUCCUCUUAGGAUUGGAUAAAUAGUCAUUUACAAAACUAUUAGCGCCUAUCCAUGUAAUAAUAUAUGAUAAUUUUAGGAUGUUAUAAAAUAAGGAACAGGAAGAUAUCUAAACUUUAGCUUUAAUUGA